AUGCACAUUCACCGCUAUACGAUAUUUAUCAACAAGCAAGACCAAUCCUACCAAAAAAAGGUCGACACAAUUAUUUCUUCUUUAGUCAAGUGCAGAGUUCCACGAUGUUCCAUCAGAAUAUGUAACAUUUCAGAUGACGAGGAGUUUCAGAAAUCACUUAAAGAAAUUACAAGUGGCGUUGACUUCCCCUAUCUUUUCCUUUGGGGCGAAUUUUUUGGUGGGUAUGAUCAAGUACAAAUGGGCUUAGCAGAUGGUACAUUAAUGCUAUCAGUACUCAACAAUCCAAACAAACUCCAUGCGGGAAAGAAGGUAGGUCUUAUCCGGCCAAAGUCUGACCUUGAAAAGGCAACAAUUGUUGAUGACUAUAUUCACAAAGAAGAGCAUGCUGAUAUAUUCACCGAGGGAGAGAUAAUCACUGAAUACGAAAACCAUUCGGAUGAGGAGAAAUUGGUAGAAAUGAAGGGAAUAAAGGCUGGCAUUAAUUUGAAGCAGUCAAGUUGGAUCUCAGCGACAGAGUGGCUACUCAGAGUACUCACUGGAGGACUAUUUUCUCCUCUCAUGGCAAAACCUGUUGUCCCACAGACUGUUACAAAAGAAGAAGGUGAUUUAGAUUUUGAUGUUGUUAGGACUAAUUGGUUUUGGAAGCACCAACCCAGAACAAUCAGACUUUCAUCAAAAAAAUUCUACAGACUCAAUGCGGGUAUAUUCAGAGAAGAGUUUCUGUAUGAAAAUGUUUUACAAGUCGUUGUAGACGGGAAGAACAUAGUAAUAAACUUUUCGAAAGUGUCAUACUCCCAGUUUUUGUUUUGUGAUCAAGUUGAGGAGUUCUUAGAAGAGUUACAAAAACGAUGUCCGUUCGCCACAUUCAAACAAGUUUAA